AUGCGACAGCGGACACAUCCUGGAAACUGUCUCAACUGGUGGGCUAAACCAGCAUACCACAGCUGGCGGGGAUCCCAUGAAAGCGGUCGAAUAAAAACAAAACUUAGAGUGACACUGAUCACCAUUGGCACAUGGAAUGUGCACACGCUACUGGACAACAUCAAGGCAGACAGACCGGAGAGAAGAAGAGCACUUGUCGCCAGAGAGCUCACACACUACAACAUUGACAUUGCAGCCCUUAGCGAAACUCGCCUUGCUAAUGAAGGACGGCUGUCCAAGUCAGGCGGAGGCUAUACAUUCUUCUGGAGUGGCCGCAGCAGUGAUGGGCGUUGUGAAUCUGGAGAUGGCUUCGCCAUCAAGAAUCAUCUUGUUCAGAAACUUGCCAGUUCCCCCAAGGGUGUGAAUGACCGACUCAUGACAAUGCAGCUUCCGCUUCGAAAAGGAAAACAAGCUACUUUGAUCAGCGCAUACGCUCCCACAGUGACCAACCCAGAGGAUAUGAAGGAUAAAUUCUACGAAGAACUAGAUGCUCUGCUAUCAUCAGUGCACCACACAGACAAGCUGAUUCUGCUUGGCAAUUUUAACGCAAGAGUCGGAUGUGAUGCCGCAGCCUGGGAAGGAGUCAUCGGGAAAAAUGGAGUAGGAAAGUGUAACAGCAAUGGCCUGUUACUGCUGAAAACUUGUGCAGCACAUGACCUUCUGAUCACCAGUACGGUUUUCCGCCUCCCUACCUGUAACAGGACUUCGUGGAUGCAUUCACAUUCCAAGCACUGGCAUCUGAUCGACUAUGUCAUCAUCAGGAGAAGGGACAGACAAGAUGUCAGGGUUACAAAAGCUAUGUGCGGCGCUGACUGUUGGAUGGAUCACAGGCUCAUAGUAUCCAAAAUGAAGCUCCAUAUCAUGCCGAAGAGACGACCACAAGGCUCGGAAAACCUAAAGAAUGAGCUUGCUGAUCUUCAUAUUGAGGAUGACGCUGAGAAAGAGUGGGAGCGAUUCCGCAACACUGUCCAUACAGCUGCAUCAGAGGGAUCCAUUCCACAGAAAUUUAGAGAUGCAUCCAUCGUGCACCUCUAUAAGAGGAAGGGCAAUCGCCAGGUAUGCAACAAUCACCGUGGAAUCUCGCUGCUCUCUACAGCGGGGAAAGUUCUUGCACAGGUUCUGUUGAACCGAUUGAUCACUCACCUGGAGCAGGGCUUACUGCCAGAAUCACAGUGCAGCUUCCGCAAGGGACGUGGGACUAUUGACAUGAUCUUCGCUGCGCGUCAGCUACAGGAGAAAUGUCAAGAGCAGAAUCGUGAACUCUACACAACUUUUGUGGACCUCACGAAAGCAUUCGACUCUGUCAGUCGCCAGGGCCUGUGGAGGAUCAUGUUGAAAUUCGGCUGUCCAGACAGAUUCAUACGAACAGUACGUCAAUUUCAUCACGGUAUGUUGGCUCGUGUCCUGGAUGACGGUGAAACAUCUGAGGCCUUCCCAGUCACCAACAGCAUCAAGCAAGGGUGUGUUUUAGCACCCACUUUGUUCAGCAUGAUAGCAGUGGACCACUUCACGUACCUGGGCAGUACCCUUUCCCGGGCAGUGUCAAUCGACGAUGACAUAAAUUGCAGAAUUGCUAAAGCCAGCUCUGCAUUUGGCCGAUUGUGCUCCAAUGUCUGGGAACGUCGAGGGAUCAGCCUACCAAUGAAGCUGAAGGUCUACCGAGCAGUGGUACUUCCAACUCCGCUGUCCGCCUGCGAGACGUGGACUGUCUAUCGGAGUCAUGCACGAAGGCUCAAUCACUUCCACAUUUCCUGUCUGCAAAAGCUUCUAAAAAUCAGAUGGCAGGACAAAGUGCCCAAUACUGAAGUCCUUAUCAGAAACAGUCUGCCGUCAGUUCACACGCUGAUGAGAUCACAGGCCAGAUGGGACGGACAUGUCAUGAGAAUGUCAGAAGAGCGCAUUCCUAAACAGCUCUUCUACGGAGAACUCACCCAGGGAAAGCGCUCCCAUGGAGGACAAAAGAAGCAGUUCAAGGACACGCUGAAGACCUCUCUGAAGUCCCUUGAGAUCAGUACCACCACAUGGGAAACCUCACACUGA